GCACCAUCCUUCUUACCUCACAUGAUGUCAUAUUUAGUUCACGCGCUGUGAAACUCGUUAUGAAGCUGGGAAAACUUGUUUGCCUGGAAUCUCUAAGCUCUCUAGCCUGCGUCACAGACGCUCGUGGCUCUCUCAUUGGUCGAGAGAAAAUGACAACAACCAGGGAAAUCCUCGAUGAAUGUGCAAAUUUAGCAUAAAGUGUGAUGUAAAGCUCGCAAUUUAUUCUUUUUAAAUUGUGACUUUGUUCAAAGACAGCUUACAGCGAAGCGUUGCUUCUUUGCUACGGUAAAAUAUGAAAGUGAUAAAAUAUAUACAGUCCGUUCUACAAGCUUUUCGCCGGCGAGACCACAUCGAGAAUACAAGAACGGAUACUGGAUUGAAUUAUAUAAAUAUAUCUCUUCUCCACGAAGAAAAAACAAUAUAUUUGGACACUGUCAGCUGGUUUUGGGGAAAUCUAUCAAACGGACAAGCAGAGUAUUUGCUUCGAGAUACACAAGACGGCACAUUCGUCGUACGGCACAGCGCAGACGAGACGUCUUUGUAUUGUAUUACAUAUAAGCUAGACGGAGUUGUCGCGAGCGUUCGGGUAUAUGAAAAUGAUGGACAACUAUCGAUAAAUUUCGACGAUCCUUUGCAAAUCCGUGCCGCGACGCUACACGGACUUAUCGCUAAACUUGUGCGGUUAUCAGCUAACGGAGGAUUUGUGUGCAAACUAGAGCGUUCGUCUAAAGUUUUGUCGCUACAGUUGACCCGGCCUGUUAACAGACUCUCGAGCUUGCGCGCACAUUGCAAGCGGGUUAUUCGAAUGUCGAUGCCACUUGAAACGAUGAAUGCGUUGGUGCUUCCAAAGCACGUCAAAUCUUUUCUAUUGGGAUCUGCGUUCAGCUGAUGUCGAAGAGUUAAACUUGGUUAUUUUAUAGUUUAUUGGUCGUGGACUUGAAGUUUGACAGUACAACAAUAUCACCAAUAUGUGAUUUCGUUUGCUUGCUGUUCAAGUGAUAUUCUUGGUUAUAUUUCGUAGUGUAUUGAUGAGUAUUUAUUUGUUCAUAGACAUAGUAUGAGCAUGGUUAUUUCCCAUGGAUUUGCGCGUUAAAACGUUAAGGAUAUACAGACUCUGUGUGAUCCAGUAAUUGAAGAACAUAGUUAUCAUGAUACCGAUUUUGACAAUAUCAAAAUGGUAUAUAAAAAGUAGAAUUGCAUUUAUACUAUUUAUAAUAUGGUGGUAAAUAUUUAUAAUAUGGUGAUAAAUUAUUUUUAUGUUUGUAUGGUUAUGUUAUAAUAGAAUUUAAUUCUUAUACAUUUUUUGGUUUGAUCAUUUGUUGAUUUGCAUAAUAGGCCUAUACGCUAGAUGAAACACUUUGCAUGCACAGAAACCAUUUUUCUACUUCAAUAAAUACAUUCCUAGCUUCCUGCACUAGCAAAUUCAACACAGCGAAUUGAUCUGCUGAACAGACAUAUAAAAUGUCUUUUGUCACAGUAGAUGGAUUAGAACUUCAAAUUUCGAGCCCCUGGUUUGUGUCUGAACUAGUAUGGUUAGUAUGCGGCAAAUUGUAAAUAGGUAGUAUUCUAGUUCCACCGACUGCUUGUGUUUUUGUCAGAAUGACGUAAAGAAUGAAGGCCAUUUGUUAGGAAGUUUGUGGGGUGAAAAGUUUAAAUAGAAGUCUUUAAAAUUGUCUUAAAAAUGUGUUGUUUGAUAAAGCGAGAAGAAAGGGUGGUGACUCGAUUCCAUUGCAUCGUGUUUGCACAGCGUGAAAGUGUAGAAAAUAUCUCCUUUAAUGGGCUUGUUUCUGCCUCGUCCCCAGUCGCUUGCUAUCAAAC